AGGAGUAGUCAAGAAAUAUCAGACCUGAUGUCUAAUAAGAAGAUAAAGUGGCCAUGGGCAACAAAAAGACAAGUUGAAGACGAAAUCAAUCGCCAGUCCUCCGGUAAUAGCUAGGAACUCGUUUAAGGAAUAUAAACCCUCUUUUUGAGAUAGACAUAAUAUUUGCAGUUCUCAAAGUGAUCUAUAGAUGAUAUCAUGCAGUACUGGGUAAUGCCUAAUUGCCGAGUGUGUGCCGUCAGUGUAAUAAAUAACCUCCUAAAAUUGAGAAAAAUAAAACUUAAAACAAAGCUAAGCUCCCACCCUCAAAUCAUGGACACUUCCUGGUAACAUAAGUUUAAAGUACAAGUUUAUUAUUACUGUAAUGACUAUUUUAAUAGGGAAAUGUACCAUUGUUUUUGUACUGUUUUGAUCUUAGACAGCAGGGAAUACUAUUACUAACUUUUGGGGUUAUCUAUUUUUUUAAGUUUACGGGUAAGGCUGUUGUGAUACACCCGGUUAGCUCAUUAUUGAAUGUUAAUUACUGGUCUGCCGAGUGGGAAGCCAUGGGUUCAAAUCCCUGCUGGACCAACACUCAUAAUUGAGGAGAAUGUGCCGCCUUUGUUUUGACAUCUACAAAUGGUUAAAGGGAUUCUAGUCUUCUCGGAUAAGGACGAAAAACCAUAGGCCCUGUCUCUCAGUUCUUUCACUGUUCUGAUUCUUGUGGGACAUAAAAGAACUCACACUGCUGUUCGUUAAGAGUAGGGGUUGUGCCAUGGUACAACCCUUCAUGGGUUGGGUGGGUAUUGAGUAAUGGCUGGUUUUGUAUUAAAUGCUAUUGGUCCUUAAGUAUGUUUUUCAAGUUUGGAAAUGAUGGUUGAAAUUGUGUGAUAGAGGGUAGAAUACUUUUGUAUGUCCCCAUUUUUGUUUGUGAGCUUUCUUCCUCGGCCCCAUGUUUAAUUUCUGAGAGGAUAUUAACAUUUGUUCCAGGUUGCCUUUAGCAAUAACGCAUGUUUUGAAUUGUCUAACAUUUUCCUCAUACAUAGCUUUUGAAGAGUUUGUUCCAACAUAGCCUUUGAAGCAUGUGUAUUGAAAUCUUUCAAAUGUUUCUUGGACAAUGAAAUGUAAUAUUUUAUUCAUUGGUCAUUUGCACAAUAUAUGGAAGUCUGACAGGAAGUCAGGGACCACAAGAUCUGGCCAAUAAGAGCGCGUCUUUUGGGCAUUUAGUUUGGCUGUUUUGAGAAGUGUAUGAAGUGAAGUUAUUUUUGAUGCUUGAGGUUUUUGUUCUUGGAAUUCUUCUGUAAUCUAUUAAUCAUCCUGUUAAUCAGCAGUGGUGUGAGAUGUAUUUAAGGUGUAUAUGCAGUCCUUACUGUUUGACUUAUAUACAAAGAAACAUUACCAGUGUUACUCCCUUUCCUCCCUUUCUUGCUUCAGAGAGGUCUUAUUGAAGCCUUGUAUAAUGCGACUCGCGCAUCCAAAGGCAGUAGAUGCUUGAAUUUAACAAGUCAAUCCCCUGAUUCACUUUCGCAAUCCAUGAUUCGAUAUGCUCAUUCCAAGUCAGAUUCUUAUGAAUGACAACACCGAGAUACUUGAUUGAAUCUUCACUCUCAAGGUUUUCGUGAUCAAUGACAAGCUUGAUACCUUGACAGGUUUGCAACUUCCUAUCACCACCAAACAAUACGAACUUCGAAUUCGAUGUGGUCACCUUACCACAUUUAAGUUCCAAAUCGAUGGAAAAGUGCUAACCUCAAGUGACCGGUUAAAAAGUGAAUCAGACUUGGAAAAUGAAUCAGACCUCGGGGAGGUUGGAUCAUGUUACCGAGAUGCGGGAAAAACUUAGAUAAGUACUUUGUGGUGCCUUUAAAGCGGCGUGCAGCAGCUUUAUCGCUUGGCUGCAGCAUAUCAAGUACAGCCUCUAAGAUCAUUGGACUGACUUUAUGACCAUUAGAAGUUACUAGGUGGCCCAUGAAAGGAGCACUCUGAGGCUUGAAACUGAUCUUGUCUGGGUUAAACUUCAGGUUGUGUGCAGCUUUAGAACUGUAUUGUCAUGAUCAAGGGUUGCCUGUUCAAAGUAAUCUCCAUGGCCAAUAACAAUAGUAUCGUCAUUGAUAUUUAGUACCCCCUUUUCAUGACGUCUUGAAGACAUCUCUGAGACUUGUCUGGGGCUGAGCUAACCCCAAAUGGAAGAUGUGUCCAUCGAUAACGUCCCCAACGAGUGUGCAUGACUGUGAGCAUGGAAGACUCUUCAAUCAGCUUGAUUGUUUGAAAAGCUUCUCUUAUGCCGAAUUUGGACAAGGGUUUUUCUUUGUAAAACCUGUGGAUGUUUUCUUCAAUGGUUGAAAUCAGAUGGCCUCCUUAAUUGUUUGAAAUGGGUCCAGUAAAUUCGUACUUUAGCAUGCUCAGAGUCAAUAGCUGGAUGUUCAUACAUUAGCAUGUUUGAAAUCCAUGGAGUCACUUUAGCCACAGGAACUAGCUGACCAUUGUCAAUAUGCUUAUCCAACAUCCCCUUCAUAAUUGGCAGCAUGGGAGCUGAGUAGUGAUACACGUCGCCUGAAGGAGUAUGGGGAGCGCAACUCACAUAUGCCCCUCAAAUAAACACUGGUAAGCAUGUUUGAUAUUUAAGAGUCAACUGACCGGGUGGGUGCUGAACUGGCAUAUUUUCCACUCGAGAGGCCUCAAUCUGUUUAAUCUUAUCAGCAUCAUACUUCAAUAUACCCGUGUGGGUAUUGUCUGCCAAACCCCACCAAUUAAGAGAGGGUUAAGUACUGUUGGAAUGUAUUGAUCCGAACUAUUACUUCAUAUAAGCUUCCACAGUGAAAACAGUUAAGCUUGGCUUGACCUUUGGUGGGACUGCUUUGGAGUAGUAGAAGAGAUGUGAUAUGGAUUUUGGUAUCUCAACAGCAGAUAGCUUUUCCAGUUCAGUGAUGUGCAUAUAAGUAUUGCAAGAACAGUCAGAAUCUCCUUGUAUGAUUCAGUUAUCAAGCCAUCCUUGAAAUCCCGGGUCUUGGUUAUUACUUGAGCAAACGUAAAACUGCCAAAGGUUUCUCUUGAAAUUACAUCGCUUCGAUGUCAUUGUGCCUGACUACAAAAAUAUCGCACUGACGUCUGUCAGCUGCAUCAACUGGGAAGCUGCUUUUUUGGAAGCUGAGUCUUGCAGCUGUUUGCCAAUCUCGACUACUCAUGUUUAGAUCUUGCUUGUGAAUUCUCAAAAGAGGGUGGGUGAUUUGUAAUAUAGGCUCUGCUCCCAGAUUGUAAUAGCUCUUGAAGCCAUACAGCAUGGUUCCGCUUAUUUUGGUCUGAUAUUGGAGUGUCAAAUAGUUGUGAGAACAUCCUAUUCUUGUGGACGAAAAGCUACCCUUUGUGCAGCCAUUUCUUUCGGUCGUUUGGUCGUGAUACAAUAUUUAUCCCAGUCAACCUCUUUAGCUGGAUUAAUGAAACCUUCCAUAAUACAAAAAUCCUUAAUUUUAGGCAAAAAAUAGUUGAAGGCAUGCCAUCUGUCAGGAUCGCUAGUGUCAAACUGAGGUGGUCAUGAUUUUCCCCAAUAAUGAUACCACACGUGUUCGCGAUUGAGAGUGGAAAGUUUUUGCACAAGACGAGUGCAAAUAGUGAGUUUAGAAACGUUAAGAGAAUACCCCGACGACUUUUAUGGAAUCUUCAACCAUUAAAUGUUUAGGUAAUGACCUUCUCUGCAACUGACUUCAUGUAAAAAAGCGGUAAAGUACAAGAGAUAUCUGAUGACAAAAAUAGUUUUCUUUAGCAAUAUGACAGUCUUAAAAGAAGUAACUGGAUAUAAAGAAUUGUUCUCGAUUUCCAGACAGAGCACUUUCUCUUGUGGUAGCAGAUGCUUUUGUUUGGUAAAAACUUAAUACAUGGUCAGAGGAAUUAAAUGAUAACCACCCCUCUUCCUCGCUACCAAUGAAAAGACCUCCUCAGGGAUCUUCGAAAAUUGUAGUUGAAAGCAAACCCUUUACCCCCAGACUCCCCCUAAAAGCCAUAGACGCUUCCAUGUAACUUUAAAGAGGCUUGUACAACAAAUAGGUUUUAUGUUUGGUACAUGUAUUUAUUAACAACUCUAUUUUAUUGAAUGGUACUGUUAUGUACCGUCAGUGGUAAUUAAUAUGACAUAUUCUAAAGAAUUAUGUGUAUGUUAUGUUGUUGUUCAAUUUUAUCCUUGGUUUAAGUUUUAUUUUGCCUUUGUUUCAAACUCAUUAUAAAAUCAUACAUUACCAUAUCCACAACAUGCACAUGAACCACAAUGAUAUCAUCUUUCACAACAUAAACUGUUGCACUUAAACCAAUGUACUGCACAUUUGGAAAUUUAACACACAAUAUUGCAAAAAUAAGUUUAUCAUGAUUUUUUUUUCAUGAUGACUGUAGCAGACUCUGAGGCAGAAUAUAAAAAAGUAUAUCAUAUUAAAUUUUUUUUGUUAAUUAUUAACAAACCUCAGCACAACCUCCAUUCAGGGUACACCUCUAUUCAAGGGACACUUGCUUCGUUCACGAGGGUGUCCCCUGAAUAUAUGUUCCACUGUAGAUAGCCGGAAUACUUUUAAUAUAUUGGUAGUGUAUUGAAGUAAUUGUUAUAAUAUCUGUAGUUCUUAAAAUUAUUGAACUAUACUAUAUAAUUUAGUGUAUGAUCUCCUCAUAAUUAACUGCACCACCCUUCCUCCAAAAGACAUCCUGGAAAUGAGUAAACUUAAAACUUGAAAACAAAGCUCUUUCCCCUCUCCCCCUUAAAUCAUGAAAACUUUCUUGUAUGUUUAGUAAGGUUUGUACGACAAUUAGUUUUUAGCAUAGGCACCAGGGAAUACCACUGAUAAAUUUUUGGAAUUGUUUGUUUCUUUUAUAAGGCUGUUAUGCUACAACAAUAGACAGUUACAUGAUGGUGACCAGUUCUAUUUGAAAAAGCAUUGGUGUAGAAGCUAAGAGGAUAAUCAUCCAGUCUCUAAUGUUUGCCACACUAUAAAUAUCGCUUUGUCUCGAAAUAAUAUUGCUGUCUUUUUUUUCCCAGCUACAGCGAAUCCGCAACAAACUGCUGGUGUUACUGAUACUAAUCCUGGUGCUCCACCAGCCAGUGAAAAAUUAUCUCCUGCACGUAAUGGUCCUGAUGGUGUAGACGAUGGUGCAACGGCUUCUGAAAAUGAUGACAACAACGGUACUCAACAGCUUGCCUCUAUAAAUAGUAUAAUAUUUUUAGUUCUCAAUGACGCUAUACAGUGUACUUGGUUAGCUGAGUGUAUGGUUUCUUGGUUGCGAAUUAGAAUCUUUUUUUUGGUGAGCGUGUUUUUGCUGACGAGCAUUUCGCAGGCUGCACACUCAAUUAUUGUACAAACAUGGAUUAUACUGUAUUCAGACCUUGGUCGUGACCGGUCUAGUGGUGAUCUAUGUCUAUAGCUAAAAGAGGCUCAUUGACUCCACGUUAAAGAAACAAAAAAAAAUUAAAAAUUUCUCUGUUUAGCGAAGUUACCGGAUUUUGUGUUAAACAGCGUCAGGGGGACACACCCCAAGCAAACUUCACGUCCUAGCCUGAGAAAACAGCCGACAUUUGCUGACCCUACCACUGGUUUCCCCGCCAAAUGACGUCUGAGAAAUGAGCGCAGAAAUUUCAUACAGAUGACAAAACUACCCAGAUCUGGGUAGUGACGCGUCAUCAGUAUGGAAUUUCUGCGCUCGUUUCUCAAAGUUAUGAAAACUUACCUGGUAAGUUGUUUAAGAUUUGUUGGUCGAUAAAUAAAACUGCAGAAUGUUUCAGCUCACUAGUCUUCUUCCAAGAUAAGAAAUACUCAUUUACGUCUUUUUCGUCCGGACCAAGGACCACAUACUGUACGUGCAUAGGCGUACGGGCCGGGGGGGCGAGGGGGGCUGCAGCCCCCCCAAAUUUUGGGCAACUCAGAUUUUUUGGGCAGCGAGAGAAAAUUUGGGCAAAGUCAGUUUUUAAAGACGUCUCCAUGUUUAUUUAAUUUAAUUAUUUUGAAGACCUGAAUAUUAACCUAAAGUCGGCGUAAUAAUCCAGUUACAUUACAGUGGUUGCCUAGCAUGUGAUGAGUAAUUUACAUAUUUGUAGUUUUUUUAUUGUUGGGCACUCUACUGCACUGCACUAGCUGGAAUGGGCUAUUUCCAGUCGUGAAUUUCUUAAAAUAAACUUUCGCAUAACUUUCUAGAAUCAUCUCCACUCGAAGAACAGUGUAUGGCAGAUAGCAUCAGCAAUGGGUAUGAAAAUGAAGAAGUGGCUGACUACUGAAUUCUCAUUUUGAAUUAGUAUAGCGAGAAGAAUCUUAAUUCUUUUAAAAAAUCUAUCGAGCAGUUCCAUGAAAUUAUUCGCUAAUUUGUUAAAGUAGACCGAAAUGUUUACAAAACUGCUAACAAGAGUGCCUUGAUGACUAAUCAAAUCCUUCUUUCGAUUCUAGCAAUCAAGCAGAGCUAUCUCCACGAUCUUUCAAACAUGUUUUUAAAAAGAUUAAAACUACUAUGAGGUGAAAAUGCAUGUCAAAAGCGCUUCGUUUUGUACAGAUAACGGCCAAACAACAAGAUUUUCCUUUUCUUACCGUAUUUCUAAUAAUAAAAACUUCAUUCCAAAAUAUCUCGAUAACGCUCUUAAGGUUUUGUUUAAACUUCACGAACAUCAAGGCGACCGUAUUGGAAAAAAAUGCUCCUGUGAACGAUUUUGUAAGGUUCCCCGUGCCGAGAGAAUCAUUGCUGAAGUAAAAUAGGUAAUGGGGUCAUUUCGUUGCUAUGACAGCUCCAAUGUCAUUGCAACCCCGAUGGUGACAAAUUUUCAUCUUAAUACAACGGACGUCGCAAGUUUUCAAAUGUUUGUUUAUGGCGACGUAGUUUAUGCUCAGACUUGGUAUUCAGACCCUGAAAAACUGAAUCGAGCCACCUUCAUAUGCCAGGACGGCCUAUGUUGUUGCAAUAUGGCCCUCAUUUCUUUUCGACUCUUUCGUAAAAAUUUGGGCAACUUGCCGGUUUUUUUUGGGCAAAUGGUUUACCGCCCCCCCCUGGCAAAAAAUUUCCCGUACGCCUAUGUGCAUUAUGCCUUUUUUACGAAAUGUAUCUAUGGUGUAUAUCCAGUCCUUACUGUUAGAUAUAUUUACAAGGAAAAAUUACCAGUGUUACCACCUUUCUUGCUUCAGCUGCUCCUCCUUCUUCAACCGGUGACGCCACAGUCCGCUCUGGAGAUACACCAGCCAAUACUACUAAUAACCAAGAAUUACCAGCUGCUGGUUCUGAUCAUACCACUGAAGGUGAUCCUUGUAAUCUUGUUAAGGGUGAAACUGCUGUAAUUGAUUUUUCGUUUGAAAUUCUUGAAACACAUUGACUGAUUUGAUGUGUUGAUGGCCUUCUUUACUCUGUCCCAUUGGUGUCCGUAUUAGAGAGGUUUAACUGUAUGUACGUGGAUUAUAGUUCCAUGCCUCGUCGUUUGUCCUUUCAUUGUCUCUGUGUGGAGCCACUAGUUACAGCUACAAUCGGUGAAACAUUGUUGAGACAAUGUCCUCCAAUGGGGCACUUUUAACUUCAGAGAACUAAACAAUCUGCACCCCUUUCCCUACCCCUCCAUAUUCAAAGUUGGGUUGUUUGUUGUUUUCUGUAGGUAUAAUGGAGGUCAAAAGAACUUAGGACACUAUGGAAAAACGCGGCUAUACAAGUAAUAGUUGCAUAGGACUCUGCUCCAUUACAAUCAGUGUUUUGAUCGGCUUUUGGCUUUAUCCCUUCAUGCCCCACUCCCCUCUCCCAGCAAUGUUGUGCCCCCUAAAAGGACUCAUUUCCACCCAUUUCGCUCAAAAUUAAACGUUGUUUGGUGAGGAAGGGGGAGUUCACCAGUUUUAAUAAAAUCACUGGAAAGUUCCCAACACUUUUGACCUCUACAGCUGCACAACAUUGUUGGGAGUGGGUGGGGAAGGGGGAGGGAGGGAAACGGGAAGCUUCAUUUUCGGUUUUUGAAGUCGCCAAAACGUCAGAAAGGUGCCUUCGGGCAAAGUGUCUCAACAAUUUUCGUCGCUGAUUGUAGAUGUGUCAGGCUUCACAUGUAAUUUGCGUAAAUGUUUUGAACAGAUAAACUUAAAACUCCAAAUGAGUAUUGAGAACGUCCCUAAUUCCCAGGGGGUCUUGAACGACAUUGCUUCCAGGCGUCGAGCCAUCCGAUAGAAAGGAAUUUGAAGAUUUUAAACAGUAUCUCACAGAUAUCCGCAAAAUGCUGAUUGUUGAUAUUCGGUAAGGAAGCUUAAUUAUCACAGUGCCAGGUGCAGUUCGCUACAGAUCCUUGAUGAUAUAUGGGAAGAUUAUUGUAGUGGUCACCCACGUAAAUGAAAUGGCGCAAAAAUGUCUCGUGACUAAAGAAAUUUUAACGGAGUUUGGUUUAAAAGAGGCAAAACCCACCACAACCAUUCUGGAAAAAGAGUACAGAACUUGUCGAGAGCAUUUUUUGGACCUUAUAGGUUAGUAUGACAGUUAAGAAAACUGAAUUUAAAAAAAAGUACAGUACCUUAAAGUGCAACUAAAACAAAGCAUCAGCUAGUUGUAAGUAAUGAUGACUAAUUAUAUGAAGUAUUUAACAAAUAUGGGAAAUGACCUUUUUAUGUCGUAAAAAUAUUGUUCAGUGAUAUUAUUCUACGUAUUUUUUGUCUAUAUUAGUUUGGACACGUUUGUGUGCCUCCCUUAUCGCAGGCUCAGCAACUCAUACCCAAAGUCCUCUGGCGAGACGCCAGGAGAAAGACUGGGACAAUGAAAUGUACUACAGUAUUUAUUUUUUUGGUCGUUUGCACAAUAAUGGAAAUCCGACAGGAAAUCGGUAGACUACGAGAUCUGGCCAAUAGAUCAUUUCCGAGUUCCCCCGGGCCUGUAUCAAAACGAGGUUGAGUUCUCAGCCUUUGAUAUGAAAAUGAUUUUUCAUUCUCAUGGAAAUAAAACUCAUUCUCACAAGAAAGGUUGUGCACUUGGUUUUAUUUUCCAAGUGAGGGUUUUUAGAACUCGAAAGGGACCUAUUAGAGCGCAUCAUUUGCAUCGGUAGUCACAUUCUGAAAUGGCUGUUUUGAGAAGUGUAUCAAGUGAAGUUAUUUUCGAUGUUUACGAUUUUUCUUCUUGGAAUUCUUCCGUAACCUAUUAAUCAUCCUAUUAAUCAAAGUUGGUGUGAAAUGUUUUUAUGGUGUAUAUCUGGUCCUUACUGUUAGACAUAUUUACAAAGAAAAAUUACCAGUGUUACUACCUUUCUUGCUUCAGCUGCUACUCCUCCUUCCACUACUUUUUCUACUGCUACUGUGACAGCUGCCUCCACUACUGAUGCAUUAAUGUAAUAUUAUCUCUGUCUCUCCAGAUGGUAUCAGCAAAGUCGAAGAGAGGUCUUAUUAAAGAAUUGUAUAUUUCGACACGCGCAUCCAAAGGCAAUAGAUGCUUGAAUUCAACCAGCCAAUCCUUUGAUUCACUUUUGCAAUCCGUGAUUCGAUAUGCUCAUUCCAAGUCAGAUUCUUAUAAAUGACAACACUGAGAUACUUUAUUGAAUCUUCACUCUCAAGAUUUUCUGAUCAAUUACAGGCUUGAUACCUUGACGGGUUUGCAACCUCCUAUCACCACCAAAAAAUACGAACUUCGAAUUCGAUGUAGUCACGUUACCACAAUGCCAAAUCAAUGGAUAAGUGCUUACCUCUGGUGACCGGUUAAAAAGUGCAUCAGACUUGAAAAAUGAAUUAGACCUCGGGGAAAGUGAGCCAGCUUACCGAGGUGCGGAAAAACGUAAAUAAGUACUUUGUGUUGCCUUAAAAGCAGCGUGCAACAGCUUUGUCGCUUGGCUGCAGCAUAUCAAGUACAGCCUCCGAGAUCACUGGACUGGGUUUAACAAUGGUAUCGUCAGCGAUAUUUAGUACCCCCUUUCAUGUCACAAAUGACGUCAAGAAGAUGUCUCUGAGACUCUUCUGGGGCUAAGCUUAUCCCAAAUAGAAGACGUGUCCAUCGAUAACGUCGUCAACGAGAGUGCGUGAUUGUGAGCAUGGAAAACUCUUCAGUCAGCUUGAUUGUUUGAAAAGCUUCUCUAAUGCCGAAUUUGGAGAAGGGUUCUUCUUUGUAAAACCUAGGGAUGUUUUCUUCAAUGGUUGACAUCGGGUGGCCUUUUUAAUUGUUUGAAAUGGGUCUAGUAAAUUCGUACUUUAGCAGGCUCAGAGUCAGUAGCUGGAUGUUCACACGUCACCAUGUUUGAAAUCCAUGGAGUCGCUUUGGCCACACGAACUAGCUGACCUUUGUCAAUAUGCUUAUCCAUUAUCCCCUUCAUAAUUGGAGCUGAGUAGUGAUACGUGUCGCCUGAAGGAGCACGGGGAGCACAACUCACAUAUGCCCCUCAAAUAAACACUGGUAAGCAUGUUUGAUAUUUAAGAGUCAACUGACCAGGCAGGUGCUGAACUGGCAUAUUUUCCACUCAAGAGGCCUCAAUCUGUUUAAUCUUAUUAGCAUCAUACUUCAAUAUACCCAUGCGGGUAUUGUCUGCCAAACCCCACCAAGAGAGGGUAGUACUGUUGGAAUGUAUUGAUCUGAACUAUUACUUCAUAUGAGCUUCCACAGCGAAAACAGUUAAGCUUGGCUUGACCUUUGGUGGGACUGCUUUGUAGUAGUAGAAGAGACGUGAUGUGGAUUUUGGUAUCUCAACAGCAGAUAGCUUUUCCAGUUCAGUGAUGUGCAUAGUAUUGCAAGAACAGUCAGAAUCGUCUUGCAUGAUUCAGUUUUCAAGCCAUCCUCGAAAUCCCGGGUCUUGGUAAUUACUUGAGCAAACGAAAAAGUGACAAAGGUUUCUCUCGAAAUUACAUCGCUUCGAUGUCAUUGAGCCUAACCACAAAAAUAUCGCGCUGACGUCUGUCUGCUGCAUCAACUGGGAAGUUGCACUUUUGGAAGCUGAGUCUUACAGCUGUUUGCCAAUCUUGACUACUCAUGUUUGGAUCUUGCUUGAGAAUUCUCAGAAAGUGGUGGGUGCUUUGUAUUAUAGGCUCUGCUCCCAGAUAGUGCGUUGUUAGCUCUUGAAGCCAUGCAUCAGGGUUCAGCGUAUUUUCGUCUGAUAUUGGAGCGUCAAAUAGUUGUGAGUACAUCCUAUUCUUGAGGAGGGAAUGCUUCCCUUUGUGCAGCCAUUGCCUUCGGUCGUUUGGUCGUGAUACAAUAUUUAUCUGAGUCGACCUCUUUAGCUGGAUUAAUGAAAUCUUCCAUAAUACAAAAAUCCCUGAUCUUAGCCAAAAAAUAUUUGAGUCGGUCAUGAUUUUCCCCAAUAAUGAUACCACAAGUUCCCGAUCAAGAGUAGAGAGUUUGUGCAAAAGACGAGUGCAAGUAGUGAGUUUAGAAACGUUUAGAGGCUACCCUGACGACUUUUAGGGAAUCUUCAACCAUUUAAAGUUUACGCAAUGGCCUUCUCUGUAACUGACUUCAUGUAAAAAAGCUGUAAAGUACAAGUGAUGUGUGAUGACAAAAAAUUUUUCUUUAGCAACAUGGCGGUCUUACAAGUAGUAACUAGAAAUAAAGAAUUGUUCUCGAUCUCCAGACAGAACACUAUCACUUGUGGGAACAGAUGCUUUUGUCUGGUAAAAACGUAAUAUUGUCAGAGGAAAUGAUAACCACCCCUCUUCCUUGCUACCAUUGAGAAGACCUCCUCAAGGAUCUUUGAAAAUUAUAGUUGAAAACAAACCCUCUCCCCGCAGACCCCCCCUAAAAGCCAUAGACGCUUCCAUGUGAGGCUUGUACAACAAAUAGUUUUUAUGUUUGGUACAUGUAUUCAUUAAAAACUCUAUUUUAUUGAAUGGUACUGUUAUGUACUGUGCUAAUUAAUAUGACAUUCUAAAAAAUGAUGUGAAUGUUAUGUUGUCGUUCAAUUUUGUCCUUGGUUUAAAUUUUAUUUUUAUUAUAAAAUGAUACAUUACCAUAACCACACCAUGUACACUAACCACAAUAAUGUCAUCUUUCACAACAUAAGCUAUCUCACUUAAAUCAAUUUACUGCACUUCUGGCAAUUCAACACACAAUUUUGCAAAGAUAAGUUUAUCAUAAUUUUGUUAUAUACAUUGUCGUGCUGCUUUAUGGUGACUGCAGCAGAUUCUGAGGCAGAAUAUAAAAAAAUAUAUUAUAUUAAAUUUGCCCAGCCCAACCUUCAGGGGACACUAAAUUGAGGUUCCACUGUAGCUGGGGAAUACUUUUUCCUCGCGAUGCGAGGCGUGGAGCGCCGAGGGAAGUGAGUUUGUAAUCUCGUCGCGCAGUGUGUGAACCGCGCGUGGGUCCUAGCGAGCUGCAAACUCGCAGCUCUCAUCUUUACUUGUAUAUAUCCGAUGGUGUCCGCCAUGACGUCAUACAGUAGUUGACUUCACAGCGCGUUUUUGUUUCUAGGCAACAUUAGACUGAAGGGUGUUUCUAACACGAAGACCCAAAAAAGAAGACCUAAGACCCCAUGGACUAAAACGAAGAGCCCUUGGACUAAAACGAAGACCCCAUGGACUAAAACGAAGACCCCUUGGACUAAAAUGAAGACCCCAUGGACUAAAACGAAGAGCUCUUGGACUAAAACGAGGACCUCAUGGACUAAAACGAAGACCUCAUGGACUAAAACGAAGACCUCAUGGACUAAAACGAAGAUCCCCUGGACUAAAACGAAGAUCCCCUGGACUAAAACAAAUUAUGUUAACCGCUGAGGGAAAUGUGUCCAAGGGGUCUUCGUUUUAGUCCACGGGAUCUUAGGUCUUAGGUCUUCAUUUUUGGGUCUUCGUUUUAGAAACACCCGUCGAAUGAAAGCCAUUUCGAAUUCCCAUCAAUGACCAGAGCACUCAUGAACAGUUGUCUUUUCAUCGUCUGCAAAACAAUAAUUACUAUCGGUAAAUCUCAAGCCAUUUCUCAUGCAAGCAGAACAGCAAACACAAGAACGCCGAAUUGUCAAUCCUCGCAGGGGAAGAUUUGACACCGAAAAAUCCUCUGGAGCGAAGAACGCCGACUUGAAAUUCAACGGCGCAAGCAACAAAGAUGGAUGGAGACGGCAGCAACAAACAGCGGAGCAGAGAGAACGUCACUCAAUGAAUUUCAAAUGCUAAAGUUCUUUAAGAGCAAAUGGAAGCGAUUUUGGAUAAUUAGCCUUAUAAACAUAUGAGCGAACAUCGCGGUAACAAAACACGUUUUGCUCGCAGACGAAUUUGUACCGUAUCGUCUUAGACUGUUGGGCUUCCAUUCUCUACAUGUAAAUACGAUGAAAUGCAUUUACGUUGGGUUUUCUCUGUCCAAACUGCAGUCAUUCUUCUCAAAAAUAUCUUUGAAUUCAUGUUUAGUUCUUAUAAUUAAGUGUAUGGUAUCAGCGUAAUUAACUGCCCCACCCUUCCUUCUAGCUACCAAAAGACCCCCUGGAAAUGAAUAAACAUAAAACUUGAAAACAAAGCUCUUUCCCCUCUGCCCCUCAAAUCAUGGAAACUUUCUUGCAAGUUAGAGAGGUUAUGUUCAGUACAAGUAUUACUCUGAGUACCUGUAAUAACUCUUUUUGGAAUGUACUGUUGUGGUGUUGUUUUUAGCAUAGACACCAGGGAAUAUCAUCGAUACAUUUUUUGGGUUGCUUGUUGGUUUUAUGAGGCUGUUAUGCUACAACAAAAGACAGUUACAUGAUGGUGACCAGUUCUAUUUGAAAAAUGUUAAAGCAUUCGUGUAGAAGCUAAGGGGAUAAUAAUGCGGUCUCUAAUGUUUGCCACACUAUGUCACUUUUUCUCUGAAUAAUAUUUCUGCCUUUUCUUUCCCAGCUACAGCGAAUCAACAACCAACUGAUGGUGUAGACGUUGAUGCAUCGGCUUCUUCUUCUAGUGCUCCUGUCCAAGAGGAACAAGGUGAAGAAACAGGUAAUAGCUAUGAACACUUUGUUCCUAAAAAUAGGUAACCUAAGAAAACAGCCGACAUUUGCAGCGCUAUCACUGGUUUUCCAAUGAAAUGUCGUCUGAGAAAUGAGCGCAGAAAUUCCAUACUGAUGACGUGUCGCUGCACAGAUCUGGUCAGGAUAGUGAUUCUGCUUGGGGGAAGCAAAUUUUCCACAUAGCACGACCAAUCAGGAGUUCCUCUAGUCUAGAAAAUAAGGAAUCCUCUGUACCUUGACGAAUGGAAUGAUUAACAUUCUUUAACUCGUGUGCAUGUAUUAGAGUAACUAGUAUAAUACUUUUUUGUCCUCAAUGACGCUCUACAGUUUACCUGGGAUGCGUUUUCUUUUUGGGAAAAUCCAAAUCCGCAUUUCCGAAUCCAAAAACGGAUUGUGCUUUUUUUUGUGCAACUCCAAAAAAUUCACGCUCUGGGUGGAUUAUUCGGAUCAUUUCCAAAUCCGGAAUUUUGAGAUUCACAAUCUGAACGUUUUUUUGGGAAAGGAUUUGAAAAAAGUAUUUUUGACAAGCGGUUUUCCGAACAAAAAUGGAUGAAAUUCUAACUGAGCCUAUGUUGGUGGCGCCUUAAGUUUGAGCCUUUAGUCACAUAUCAUUCCAUGUUUGUCAUCUAUUUACAUUCGUAGACUGUUUUUAAGCCCUUACUUGUCCAUGUUUUUUGCACGUAUGUGGUGUCUGCUUACGCCGGUUUAAUAGUUGUGACUACAUCCUAUUCUUGAGGAGGGAAUGCGUCCCUUUGUGCAGCCAUUGCCUUCGGUCAUUUGGUUGCAAUCCAAUAUUUAUAACUCUUUAGCUGGAUUAAUUAAAUCCUCCAUAAUACAAAAAUCCCUGAUGUUAACCAAAAAAUAUUUGAAGGCAGGCCAUUGGUCAAGAUCGCUAGUGUCAAACUGAGGUCGGUCGGGAUUUUCCCCAUGUAAUGAUGCCACAAGUUCCCGAUCGAGAGUAGAGAGUUUGUGCUAAAGACGAGUGCAAAAAGUGAGUUAAGAAACGUUUACAAGCUACCCUGACGACGUUUAUGGAAUCUUCAACCAUUAAAAGUUUAGGUAAUUGCCUUCUCUGCUACUGACUUCAUGUAAAAAAGCUGUAAAGCACAAGAGAUGUGUGAUGACCAAAAAUAGUUUUCUGUAGCAAGAUGACGGUUGUACAAGAAGUAACUAGAAAUAAAGAAUUUUUCUCGAUCUCCAGACAGAACACUUUCACUUAAAGGAACGGAUGCUUUUGUUUGGUAAAAACUUGAUAUGGUCAGAGGAAAUGAUAACCAAUCCUCUUCCUUGCUACCAAUGAAAAGACCUCCUCAAGGAUCUUUGAAAAUUAUAGUUGAAAACAAACCCUCUUCCCGCCAGACUCCCCCUAAAAAUUAUAGAUGCUUCCAUGUAACUUUAAAGGGACUUGUACAAGAAAUAGUUUUUAUGUUUGGUACGUGUAUUUAUUAACAACUCUAUUUUAUUGAAUGGUACAUGCAGUACUGUGCUAAUUAAUAUGACACAUUAUAAAAAAAUAUGUGUAUGUUAUGUUUUCGUUCAAUUUUAUCCUUGGUUUAAAUUUUAUUUUCAUUAUAAAAUCAUACAUUACCAUAACCACACACCAUGUACACUAACCACAAUGAUGUCAUCUUUCACAACAUGAGCUAUGUCACUUAAAUCAAUGUACUGCACUUCUGGCAAUUCAACACACAAUAUUGCAAUGCUGCUUUAUGGUGACUGCAGUAGAUUCUGAGGCAGAAUAUAAAAAAGUAUAUUAUAUGAAAUUUGCCCAGCCCAACCUUCAGGGGACACUAGCCUCAAUCCCGAGGAUGUCCCCUAAAUUGAGGUUCCACUGUAGCUGGAAUACUUUUAAUAUAUUAGCAGUGUAUGAGAGUAAUUGCCAUAAUAUUUCUAGUUCUUAAAAUGAUCGAACUAUUCUAUAUAAUUAAGUGUCUGGUAUCAGCAUAAUUAACUGCCCCACCCUUCCUCCUAGCUACCAAAAGACCCCGUGGAAAUAAAUAAACAUAAAACUUGAAAACAAAUCUCUUUCCCCUCUACCCGUCAAACCAUGGAAACUUUCUUAUAAGUUAAAGAGGUUUUAUAAUUUUUAUGUUCAGUACAAGUAUUACUCUGACUACCGGUAAUAACUCUUUUGGAAUGUACUGUUGUGGUGUUGUUUUUAGCAUAGACACCAGGGAAUAUCAUCGAUACAUUUUUUGGGUUGCUUGUUGGUUUUAUGAGGCUGUUAUGCUACAACAAAAGACAGUUACAUGAUGGUGACCAGUUCUAUUUGAAAAAUGUUGAAGCAUUCGUGUAGAAGCUAAGGGGAUAAUAAUGCGGUCUCUAAUGUUUGCCACACUAUGUCACUUUUUCUCUGAAUAAUAUUUCUGCCUUUUCUUUCCCAGCUACAGCGAAUCAACAACCAACUGAUGGUGUAGACGUUGAUGCAUCGGCUUCUUCUUCUAGUGCUCCUGUCCAAGAGGAACAAGGUGAAGAAACAGGUAAUAGCUAUGAACACUUUGUUCCUAAAAAUAGGUAACCUAAGAAAACAGCCGACAUUUGCAGCGCUAUCACUGGUUUUCCAAUGAAAUGUCGUCUGAGAAAUGAGCGCAGAAAUUCCAUACUGAUGACGUGUCGCUGCACAGAUCUGGUCAGGAUAGUGAUUCUGCUUGGGGGAAGCAAAUUUUCCACAUAGCACGACCAAUCAGGAGUUCCUCUAGUCUAGAAAAUAAGGAAUCCUCUGUACCUUGACGAAUGGAAUGAUUAACAUUCUUUAACUCGUGUGCAUGUAUUAGAGUAACUAGUAUAUUACUUUUUUGUCCUCAAUGACGCUCUACAGUUUACCUGGGAUGCGUUUUCUUUUUGGGAAAAUCCAAAUCCGCAUUUCCGAAUCCAAAAACGGAUUGUGCUUUUUUUUGUGCAACUCCAAAAAAUUCACGCUCUGGGUGGAUUAUUCGGAUCAUUUCCAAAUCCGGAAUUUUGAGAUUCACAAUCUGAACGUUUUUUUGGGAAAGGAUUUGAAAAAAGUAUUUUUGACAAGCGGUUUUCCGAACAAAAAUGGAUGAAAUUCUAACUGAGCCUAUGUUGGUGGCGCCUUAAGUUUGAGCCUAUAGUUACAUAUCAUUCCAUGUUUGUCGUCUAUUUACAUUCGUAGACUGUUUUUAAGCCCUUACUUGUCCAUGUUUUUUGCACGUAUGUGGUGUCUGCUUAUGCCGGUUUAUUUUCCAAGCAAUUGAAAAAACACACACUUCAUCGGCUUCAGUUUUAAAUUCUUAUAAUUUAACUAUCCAAUAAGGUGUAUUCUAUCCGAGAAUCGUUUGUUGUAGUUUAUGUCGCUUAAAAUUCCUUCUUGUCUUCGCCGCGAGGAUUAGUUUGUUGUUUUUUCGCUCUAUUUUUGUCAUCACAAGAACACGAGGACAUGCCGUUGUCCUGGUAAUGAUCCUUUUUUCGGAUCUUUCGGGUUUUUGUUGUUAGUGAAGAAUCCAUAUGAUAUGAGAUCACAAAUCCGUUUUUGGAUUCUCCAAAAAAAGCACAGCCUUGGUUAGUUAGAAAGAUCAUCGGUAGCUAUAGAUUAAUGUGCAACUGAGCGUAUGUUUUCUUGGUCGUGAAUUAGAAUCCUGUUUUGGUGAGUGUGUUUUUGCUGGUAAGAAUUUUGUAGGCUGCAUACUCAAUUGUAUAAAUAUGGAUUAUACUGUAUUCAGAUCCUGGUUGUGAGCGGUCUAGUGGUGUAACGCCUUCUCUGCAUUUAGUUUUGUGACGCGAAGACUAGAACUUUCGCUAGAACUCGUUCGGUUGUGUGGCUUCGCUCGAAGCACAACUUUCACAUGUAUUCCGAAGGAACCUUACAGCCUUUGACGGUCAGUACAAUAGUGUAGGUCUCAACUGAACUUAUUUUGACUUCUAGUUCGAGUUUGGUAGGUUUCGCCCACCGUGUGACUCAAUAAACGGACCAGCUUGCUGGAUUGUGUUUAACUAUUGGUUGCUUCAGCAGCAGUUUCCUCGCGCCUCUUUUAACCAGAAAAGGCGGUCGCUUCAUAGUGGUGAUCUAUGUCUACACUGUAUAGCUAAAAGAGAUUCGUUGACUCCACAUUAAAGAAACAAAGAAAUUUUAAAAAUGCCUCUGUUUAGCGAAGUGAUCGGAUUUUGUCUUAAACAGGGUCAGUGUGACACACCCCAAGCAAACUUCGCGUCCGGGAGGUGAGGGAAGAUAAAAUAUGCAGUCUACAACGUUGUAUAUUUAACUUGUAUUUUGUUGCAGUUGAUAGUGGUUCGCCUCAAGAUUCGUCAGACAGUGGAGACGCAUCGACUGGGACUCAAAGCUAUGAAAACGUUCCUGGUGAGUGGUUUUAGAUUUGUUGAUCGAUAAUUAAAUGUAUUCACAGCGUGACGUUUUAAAAAAGAUCGCUAUUAUCAUCAUGUGAUGGAGCACUGUGGUACACAAUGUGUAGUUCCAAAAACAUCCAUACCCGUAAUGAAAGGCAAGGGAAACUCUGAGGCGAGAGAGGUCUAAAAGGAGGCUAUUUCCGACGGGCUGGAGGUUGGCUUCUCAAGGUCCUUUUUCCCGAGGCUUCGAGUAAGAUUUAUUAAACAAUUAUUGGAUGAGGUUUUUGUGAUAUCCAGAAUAAUCAAGGUCGAGGUAGAGGGUAUCAGCCGAGGCGGAAGGCUGAGGUUGAUAACCCUUACCCAGGCCUUGAUUAUUCUGGAUAUCACAAAAACUGAAUCUAAUAAUUGUUUUAUUAUACAUUGAACGAAAAAAACCCUAUUUUUUCGAUGUCCUUUUCGAAGCAAACCCGGAAGUCAUGUUUUGCUUCUUCACUCACGGCAAGUAAAACAAAGGGCGCGAACUUGACAUGAUAACCCUUAGAAAUCAUGCACCCGUCAUACAUGACAUGAUUACCCGUGACCUUGAGUGUCCUUGACAUGAUUAUUGUAUAAUCUAUAGCUAGAUGAAAUCUCAGGCGCUGAUUUCGAAAAUUAGCUGCACGCUUUCGGCCAAUCAGAAAAGAGAUAGUGAGUUGAAUGUAUAGUAAUAAAAAUUAACAGCUGCAUGCUCUGUUAAGCAAGCUAUAUGUUAUUUUACAGUUAACCAGUGUUUCAGCACCAGAAUUAUUGUUUCCAUCGAUGACCUUUUAUUUACUGUCGGCUGAAUGCUUUUUUUCGUGACUAACGCGACACGUUUAUGUAAUAAAAUUGUGAUUGGCUCAUUAAUAAACUUCAUGUUAUGUAGCUAUUGCUCUAUUACAGAAUAUAUGAUAUUCACCGUAAUGAGGUCGUGUUUUAAGCCCGGGGGUACUCGACCAAUAUUUGGGUAUAGGUAAGCCGCUGAGGGUUUGAAACCCUGACCCCUGUCUAGGACAAAAAAAAUCCUAAAAUACAUACCCUGUUUAGGACAACACCCUCAAUUUUAUUACCCUGAUUAGGUCAAAGGAGCAAAUGCACGUCUUCUUGUUUUAAAGCCAUUUAAUUGGGAAUUACAAUAGAGCAACUUCACGUUAUAAGCUUUCGUAUACUUGAAGUACAAACAAAAUUUUGUGGUUCGUUGAUCUCUUUAUCUGCUGUUCGGCCGAAUCUUCGUUGGCGCGCUUGAUUUGACCAACAGUCUCUGCUAAUAAAUCUUUAAAUGAGUCCAUUAACUCUUUACUAUUCUGUGGAAUGAGAUAGGACACUUUUCUUUGCUGGCGGAAAAUUAUGACACAAAAAGUAGAGUCGAGAAGAAAAAAUUAAGAAACCAACGAAAUGUUGGUUCAAAAGCUGACGUGCACGUGAUAUACAGAGCCAUUUUUCCCCCGGUAUGGCUGCCUAUUGUGCCCCUGGCCAAGUACCCAGGUCCUGUUGUAUCUCGUACGGUCAAAUUAUCUGUUUCUGCCUUCUUCGCGGGCUUAUUGGAAAUAGAAUUUUUCUUACACGGUUUUGACAGAAAGCAAGUUGUUGAAAGUAACAGUUUUUAACUGAAAGAAAGUAAUCAAGCGUUUCCGCUUUAAACCUUAAUCGUUUACAAAUAUAUAAAUAUUGCAAUUUGUUUUAUUGUACAGUAUUUCAUGUUUCAUUAGUUUCAGAAAAAGACACGUCUUUUAUAAAAAAGUUAGCUGUUGGCCUUGACCGAACACCUCAUCGGGUUAUCAAAGGCUGGGAACAUUUGGCAGAUACGAAAGAAAUAAACGCCCCACUUGAUGUCAGGCUUAGAUGCGGAAUUAACUCUGAAAAGAGUUGCACUCAGUCGCUGUUUGACGUUUUUACAGCAGAAUUUGUAGAAACGACACUGGGAGAUUUGAUAGAUGCUCUGACCAGCAUUGGGAGAAACGAUGUCAAGUUGAUCAUUACAGACUCUUAUAAAGGUAUGUAUUUAUAUAGUUACUAACACCUUUUUAUGUGCCUUGUUUUGAGCACUUCAGAACAAGACACAAGAAAUGAAUAACUGAAGCUGCAGCCUGUUUAAUUCACCAUAAAAGUUCAGUCUGUAAUGCAGGGCCCAGUUGUUCGAGGGCCGAUUAGCGCUUAACCCGGGGUUAAAUUUAACCCGCGUUUCUUUCUCUUGUGUUCAAAAGCAUUUUCUCGGAUAAUUUCUUCUGUUAUUUUUAGGGCUUCAAAUCAUCAACUUGUAGACAAAAAGAAUGAAAACUGAAAUGCUUUUUAAACUUUUAUAUGUGAAUUCAAAUCUCACACUAACGCUGGGUUAUCUUAACCCACAAUCAUCGUCAAAAGUGUUGGGAAGGUUGCCUUUUUUACCUCUUCUUUUCCUUCCUCCCCCCGCCCCUGGCCCAAUGUUGAUCAAAACGUUAAUGUUUGUGCGCGUAAUUGUUCUGUUAUAUCCCAACAUUGAAUAGGGGGGACGGGGGAUAUUUAGCAAAAGAGAAAACUCUCUUUUUUUCAGAAUUAAAAUGGACUACUGUUAAGUUGUACAACCUUCCCAACUACUUUUGUCUGUGAUUGCAGCUUGAACAACUCGGCCCAGGCGUAUUUUUCGGGCGAGCUUACGCUCAGUAUUGCCUGCAGCCGCCAUCUUUGAUUGAAAACAGAAGAAGAUUGGUAUAGAAGAAAAUUUAUUCUACAGGGUGAGCUUAAGGUUCCAGCGCGGCAGCACAACGAUGAAUAAAUUCUAGUGCUCGCCUAACCCACCCACCCCUACCCCCCCCCCAAAAAAAAAACAACAAGCAAACAAACAAACAAAAACAAAAACGCUUGCACCAUAGGCUGUAAACGUGAAAAUGAAUUUAUUCAAAAUUACAUUAAUGACAUCACGCACUCUAUAGCUGUUAACUUUUAAACAGCACUUUUUAUAUUAAUAAUCGUAGACAAAAACAUAGUCUAUAAUCAUUUCAUAUUGUCCUUCAGCAGCAUGUUUUGAAAGUAAAAUAUUGUUCGAGUGACGCCUUUAACUGCUGUAAAUAAAAAUUAAAAUAGAAAAUUUCUUUCAUCCAACAGAUGCUCCACACCGAACAAUAAAGUUCUAUGACUUCGCCCGCGAUAAAGGUGAUUUAAUUUUUAAAAUGACCAACAAGUUGGAUAAGAAGUCGUCAGUAAAUAAAAACUGGCGCUUCUUGGGUGGUAGAGCCCCGUUUCGUCUUUCUGCAGAAAGACUGGACGAGAUUGAAUUUGGUCAAUCCACUCAAAUCCUGAUGCAGUACCUCUAUGAGAAAGAAAACUUUACCAUUGGAUAUUUUUAUGACAAGGUAAAGGAAUUACAGCGCGGAGACGUGGUGCGAAUCCUGGACAGAUUUAUGAAUGGUAAGUUACUUUCUUAAAAUGUUUGGCCUCACAAUACACUUAAGCCUCACCACUUGGACAAAGGUCACCAUAGGGAGAGGGUCAAGUGCCCGUUGUAGAGAGGUGGCCCAGGAUAUCAGUGUCCAAAGAUGAGUAUUUAGAUUUAGCCUGCGAACAAGCACUCUCGGCGAUCUCUUCGCAGAGAUAGCAUACACUCCGGCUACAUAAAGAUACCUAAGUAAAUACGAUCAAACAUCAGACACAUACUGAUACUGUUCCUUUCCAUAUUUCAUCGGAGGGAGCAGAGCAGGUUUAAGGUUUUACCUUGAUUUCAGUUUAAUACGCGUUGUUCAAGUAAAAACUAAUUGACCGAUGUUGGCGUCAUGCGAUGAGUUUACAGGGUGUCCCAAAAGUUCGUUCCUGUAAUUUCAUGCGCUAUAUUUUUACAUAAAAUUUUUAGAAGAUGGUUAUCGCUCUAUCGAGUACGUGUAUUCAGACGUUCAGUAACCGGCAUGCCCGCCCUUUAUCACAUUCUGUAGCCGUUGCGGCAUGGAGUAGGAUACGUCAUGUAGCGUGUAGAACCCCAGAUGAUCCAUUUUGAGCUUUUUUUAUCACCUGGUAUGGAGGAGCCACCUCGACCCUCAAACCAAUAUUUUGGGCGUUCAUUCAAAAAAGAUAUAAUCAUCCCUGACCCUUUCCACUGUAAGGUUUUUGUACCUCUUUACAAAUUUGAGACGAGCUAAACGUCGCUUGGCUGACUGAGCAGAGUUUUUUAUUAGCCAUUUCUUGGGCCUCCAACCUUCGCUUUUCAUGGACCUGCUCCAGACUUGGCUUGCUAACUGUUGUACCUAGCUCUUUCUUUAACUAGUAGAUAAGUAAGUACAUAUGCUUCUGCUCUCACGUAGCGGGACGUAUUUGCGUUAGGAGGGUUUUAUCUUUCAUGAUAUUCACAAAAAACAAGGAAAGAAUUCGAGCAAUUCGGGCUACAAAAUACAAAAAAAUAUGUUGCGGAAAAAUAUACUCGCGCAUGCGCUCCUUGGGUACGAAAGUGCACAAACCGUAUAUACCAGUCAAAAAAUGGCACAACAAGUAUGAAAUAGUUAGCAAUUAAUGAAUUCGGCUUUCGUAGGGUAUGAAGAAUGAAGCAGAUCGAGGAGAGUGUUAUCCAACUCGGCCUCCGGCCUCGGUGGAUGACAUCCUCCUCGAUCUGCUUAAUUCUUCAUAUUCUACGAAAGCCGAAUUCAUUAAUUGCUUUAUUAUUCAUUCAAAAUAAUUCCUAGUUUAAAAACACAGCUAAAAUAUGCUUACCUGCAUCGAUGUUAAGUUCAUCUUCAAUAGUGUACGUUUAGGUUUGUCCAGCUCCGCAAAUAUUCUCCAAAUAGCAGAUGUCGCCCUCCGAGUUGUCUUCUUACUGUUUUUGCCAUGUUUUUAGCUAUUACUUCACGUAGUUCCAGCUGUAGUUCUUACUCUUGAAACGGAUAAAAUGUCCGCCAUUUGUUGUUCACAACCAAAACAACUCCACCUCGUCCACAGGUCUUCUCGGUAACGGUGCCUUAACCUGCAGCGAGCUGCAUUUUUGACGUCAUUUCCUCGUUAAACGCUGGGGGUCUCUAUAAAAGGAGACCUUCCUUAGGAAGAUUUUGAUAAGUUUCCGAUUACCCAGCCAAGAUGGCGACACGUUUUUGAAUUCUCCCGCGUCUCGUGAGAAAAAUCUAAGCUACCGCAAUAUGUUGCAUUUCAUCAUUAGCCAAAAUAAAGAAUACUUAUAGAAAACCUGUCCCUAUUGGUCUUCAAUUGAAUUAAUAACUAUCCACGCGGAUAACGCGUAUCACACGUACACGGCUUCGAUUAACCGUCGUGGAAGAUUCGGUGGCUACAGCAGAAAAAUAUUGGCUUUUCCCAGGAAAAUGAUGCGUGUUCAAGUAGACCAGUUCGUUGCAUAUCGUUUCUUUUACCUUUUGGCCGCUGUCAACUGUAUUUGCGAAGUCAGGUAACCGUCUAAGUGAGGGAAAAUGAAGUAAGAAGUAUUUAUGGCGGCGCGCUCACACAGAGGAAUUGAGAGUGGAAUUUAUUUUUAUGAACCAUAGACAUGUCAGUCGACGUCCCAAUCCCGGUAAGCUUUUUCUAAGAAGAAACUAUCAAUAGCAAGAAUAAUACAACUCUCUCUUGCUGUACAGUAUACUCACAGAGGUAUUGUGAUGCAAAUAAAACAACCGUUCAACUGCAGUGUAUUGCAUGUAAAUUUCCUCUUGUUUGUUAGGUAGAUCGGGUCUCACACGAUUAUGACAGAUAAUAAUUUUUUUCAAUUACAUUACAUAGGGUCCGGAAUAAUUAUCUACAACUGUUAAAGGGGCUUAAGAUGAUCUUAGCUGAACUGGGGCUUCUCCGUAACUAGUAUUGUUUCUUUCUCUGAUUGUAUUCCCGUUGGCUUCAUUUGUUGUUCAAACGACGGCGCCGUUUGAUUCAUGUACUAGAACAUAUGUUCCCGAAUGUUCACAUUUCUGGGUCGAGAAACGCUCUUAUCACAACACACUCGUUCUAUUAACUAAAGUACUUUGCAAUAGAUGUUUUUGAAAGAGAAUAGGAAGUUAAGAACCAAGCGAGAAUCAGUAAAGAUUUAGGCUCAUUGACUCUAAGCCAUACUGCGAGCGACGAUCGAUGGCAGGAUUCGCCAUUCGAUAUUUUUUUAAACUCUUUCGCGUAAAAAUCAUAAAGUACACCUUAUAACAACGUUGCGUAAGUUAAUAUUUAUUUGUUACAAGAUAUGUUUUGAUUUUUUACAAGAGUAAGAGUAAAGUGGAUUCUCACGUCGAGAAGCCAACCGUUGACAUGUUUCAAAUCUUUAAUAUUAAUUUGAUUGAGCUGGGGGGAGGGACCUUUUUAUACCUAGCCCCGGCGUUUAAGCACAAAGUUCUUCCAAAUUUUGUCAUCAGUAACUGGUUAUGGUGAAUUAUGCGUGCGCUUUUAGCCGAUCAGAAUUGGGGAAAUAUUUUGAAUGAUAUAAUAAUACAUUUUAGUAUAUACACACUCAGUGAUCUUGGUGAUUUAAGCAAUCUGAUUGGUUCGCUAUCUCGGACUAUUCAAUCCAACUAGUGGUCUAUUGUCAAUGCUGCGUUCUGAUUGGUUGGACUACUACUAGCCUAUAUGUUAUAGCCCCCGAGUAGCGAAAAGCGCGGGCUUUUUGGCAGCCAAAAAGGAUUAAAGUCUAGCUUUAACUAGCUAAAAUGUUUUAGUUCUCGAUAUUUUUGACUAACUAGUUGGAUUUUACUAAAACAAUUAUUCCUCUCGCCCUCAUGGCCUCUGAGUCAAUAGCCCAUUCGGGCUCGAGGAAUAAUUGUCAAAAAUUGUUAAAUAUUCACCUCCUAGCGAGUGGAUGAUGUGUUAGCUCGGUGUUUUUCCCGGUUUUUUUAGAGAAUGAUCUUUUAAAAGUCGACAGAAACGUAGGUUUGACUUUUUUUAAGGCAAGAAAAGACUUCGAAGGAUUCAAAACGGCGUUUUUCCAUUUACUGUAGCUGAAUUUUGUGCUCGGUGGAUUGUUUACAACUCCCGUUUAUUCGCGUAAAAGAGGCCGUUUCGUGAACUUAGCGUUUCCUAGCAAGAAAAAUUUGGCCCAAAAAUCGAAGUUUAUUGAUGGCUAACAAAUUUGAAAGCAAAUGUUCGGAGAAAUUCUACGUUUCAAGUAAAUAGGACAAAGAAUGCUACAGGAAAACGGCGCCUUACCUCGAGCAACCGAGCUGCCAUUUUUGUCAGCACUUCAUGCGAAGAACGACACAACAAACCUUUUUGGCUAUAAACUUGGCAAGUCAACAGAAAACAAAUAAGCUCUACAUUUCUUCUCAGGUAAGGGAACAAUUCAAACUUUUAACGAUUCCUUUAACCCAUUACGCUGUUGUUUGCGAAGUGACAAACUUGUCAAUUGCCAUGUUUGAAAAUUCUGCACAGAUCUGUUCUUAAGGCUUUCGCAUGAUUUUAUCUGUCAAUCAAAUCGUACUUUUUAAUGGUUUUCUCACUGAUUUUGUUUAGAUCACUUCGUGUGUGUAUACUAAAACAAUUAUUCUUUCCAAUCUCGAUAGAUAGUGGCAUUAGGAAUAUUUACCUCGAUUUCAAAUAAUUAUUGUUAAAUAUUGAAAGACACAACUUUUGUUGAAACGAUUUGCUUGAUAAGUCUGAUCGUAUUGCAUUACAGACUUGUAAAGUAGAGGAACGAAGUUUUGGGACACCCUGUAUUUUGUACUAACACUAAAGGAAUUUAUACCUCUAAAAAUGCAAUAUUGAUUUGUAAAGCACGCAUUGACCGCCGAACAAUAGCGUACGUGGGCUUCUGGUAAUGUACCACGUUCCGUCAAAGCAUCACUUUUUAUCGACGUCAAUCUGUCCUACCCGGACAGCCAUUUCAAAAACGAUCACAUGAUGCUACGAUUACAGCGAUAACGACAAUUAAACUAGAAUCAAGGUCGUCAAACUAAACUACUCUGCUCCCUGUGAUUUCAUAUCAUACUAAGUACCUUCACCUCCUGAAACAAACUCGUUUUAACACUUCACUGAAAACGUUUGGGUAGAUUGCUGCUCUCAUUCGAUUGCUGCUGCUUUCAAUUCUCCCCCGCCGCCCCCCACCCCCGAACUAAAUGUUUUUUGAACCAUUAUUUUCCGAUAGCAAUCUUUUAUUAUUUAAAAUUCGUUGCCUGGGUGAAUGGAUUAGAUAUCGCUCAAAUCAGGGAGGUUUAUUUAUUUAUGCGCUUUUGUUACCUCUGAUCUAACAGCAAGACAAAUAUUCUCUUCAGUUUUCCAUACUUUUCUUAUUCUACCAACUGAUGGCAAUUUCAAACUCAAAACUGUCCCUUAAAUGGUCUCAAUACUUUGGGAAAUGGCCCGUUUCGUUAAGUCGCAUAAGCCCUUGGCUAAGUUAUAUCUGCUCAUCCAGGCAACUACUCUGCUUAUACUGUUGGGUCGAUUAAGAUGUUUUGUACUUUGUUUGAACUGUUUGGAAAGUUGAAAUAUAAUUUCCAAUUUUUAUUUCAACAGAGAGUGAAAUUCGCAGAGAUAGGACGAUGAAAGAAGUCAUCAAGUUAGACGAUAAAAAUAUGAGGUCUAUUUGUGUGCUUUUCAACAAACCAAAUUCGGUAUUGAAAGACUGGAAAUGCCUUGCAAAGUCAUUUGCCGUUCCAGAGGAUAUAUACCAAGAUUGUGCUCCUGAGAGACCCAAGAGCCCGACUGAAACUCUGUUUGAGUGGAUUUUUGCUGCAAAAGAUCCUAAAUUAACUGUGGGGCAGCUUUGCAAUGCCCUUAAGAGUAUCGACCGGAAUGAGUUAGUCGAAGAUGUAAGGAAGUAUUAUGAACAACAGUCAGCGCGUCAACCCUGAAAGUAUAUCACCUGUAAUUCACACGUUUAACGGUACGGCGUAGUCCUACUGCUUGUUAUCUUGAAUUUUUCUUGUUGCGGAGUGCUAUGCUACAACAGGGACAAAUGCUGGUUUUAGAUCUGUGUAGGUUUUAGGAGGGGUAGGCUUUAUGAGUUCAGAAAGAGUAACUGGUUUGGUUAUCUUUUCACCUUUAACGUAGUUUUUAUUUUAUACCUUUAUUGUACAUUGUUCAGUUUACACUGAAUUUAAUACUUACUCUUAAUCUGUAGAACACUAGCUUUUUACUAGAUACCACUGGCCAGAAGGAGAGGAACAGCUGGUAUUUGUUUCCAAAAAGUCCCAAAGCUUCGUGCGUUGAAAAACAAAUCUUUUUUGGGGCGGGUGAGG